AUGAAUGUCAUCGAGUUGGGAGCACCGGAAGAGACCACUACUGCGCACUCAUCGGAGCAUUCUAUUUCACAGACUUGUGCAACAUCAGAAAAACCAUGCUCACCAACGUUGGGUACUUCGACGACACAACCAAGUCAAAUUGAAACCACUGUUGUGUCUAUCAACCAUCAAUCCAUUUCUAAAGAAGUGGAAACGAAGAACCUGUCCGAUGAAGAUUCAAUUUUGACAAAAACAAAAGUAUCCAAUACCGUUUCAGUUCCAUCAGGACUCCAGUCAUUAAAAAUAUUAGCUCCUGAAGUGCUCAUAUCAGCAAUUUCUUCGAACAAACUUCCACCCAAGCCAUAUAUAAUUACCCCGACACAAGACGUUGCUUUGACACCAUCCAUUUCUCAAUCAGCUGAGAAUACUUUUACAUCUCCGUUUGAGUUUAGAGACCCAAUAAAGGCUGGACCUAGAACAACUACCCGCAAGCGAAGGAAACCAGGCCGUAGCAUGAUUCUUACUGACACACCGGAAAAAGUUCGUCUAGAACAAGAAAAAAUAGCUGCUAAAAGUAAAAACACUAAUAAGAAGGGAAAAGUCACUCGAAAAGUAUUACAAAGUGAUGAAGAAGAUAAUGAUCAAGAGAAGGAAACAGUGGAAUAUGCUGAAUCUGAUGAUGAUACAGACUGGGCAGCAGAAGAUGAAGACGAAAACUCUGACGAAGAAUCAGUGAUUAUAACUGAAAGGCACCUAACCAAAUCUCUAACUCGUGCGCCACUAGAGGGCGAAUAUGUGAUUGUACAAUUUACAACAAAAAAACUUACAUCGCUUUACGUUGGAAAGGUGAUAGAAGGUAGAAAUGAGAAUAAUGAAUUCUACAUAUCAUUUCUGAGGCGUACGCCUGGUACUAGCAAAUUUCACAUGCCUGAUAAGCCUGACCUUUCUGUUAUAAAAGAAAGUGAUUUGAAAUUACUUCUGCCAAAGCCUUCAAUUGUUGGCACUUCUUCUAGGCCGUACUAUAAUUUUGGACUAGAUUUAUCCCAACUUCGGAUAUGCUAA